AUGCUGCAGCUGUUGAUUGAGAUGAGUAUCAGGUGUGCCAAACCUCCACCACUGAGCCCUGCCUCUGCCAAUGGAAACACAGACAAACAGGAGAGGAGCACAAGGGGAGGAGACAAGACAGACAAGGAAACUCAGGAGUUCAGACACAUCAGAGCAUCCAGACUGACUGACAUCAAGAUUUUCAUCAGAUCCUCUCAGCAGAACUUUGAUGAUGGAGUCUUCCUCCUCCUCCUGGCUCCAGUGUUGACCUGCUGCUUACCUCUCGUCCUCCCGCUGGACUGCAGUGACAUCCAUAACAAUGACAACAGCCAACUCAGUGGAGUGUACACCAUCUAUCCCAUCGGAGCCACGUCUGCUGUCCAGGUGUACUGUGACAUGGACUCAGAUGGAGGAGGCUGGACGGUGUUCCAGAGGAGGAUGGACGGCUCUGUGAACUUCUACAGGCCCUGGGAUCACUACAAGAAGGGCUUUGGUAGCGCUGCUGGAGAGUACUGGCUGGGCCUGGAGAGUCUCUUCCAUCUGACUCUGAGGAAAAAGUUUGAGCUGCUGGUCGACAUGGAGGACUUCAGUGGGAACAAAGUGUUUGCUCGUUACUCCUCGUUCUCCAUCGACCCAGAGUCCCACGAAUACAGACUGCAUGUGUCUGGAUUCACUGAUGGAGGAGCAGGAGACGGCCUGAGUUAUCACAACGGACAGAAGUUCUCCACCUUCGACAAAGACCAGGACCCCGUCAGCAGAAACUGUGCCAGACAGUUCCUGGGGGCGUUCUGGUACGACAACUGUCACGAUUCAAACCCUAACGGGGUUUAUCGCUGGGGGGCUGAUGCCACUAUCUUUGCUGUUGGAGUGGAGUGGCACCGCUGGAAGGGUGUUAACUACUCCCUGAAGACCAUCAGCAUGAACAUUCGUCCUGUGCAGUAAUUCUCCAGAACGAACAAACAGAAUAUCUGUUGAUCUCUUUCUUUCUUUCUCUCUGAUCUAAUCUGUAACCUCACAUAUAAAUCAAAUAAAGAUUUCCAGCAUCAAUAAAA